AUGGUCGACAGCGAUGAAGAGUCACCGCCAGAUCUAGUCGAUGUAUUGGCAGACGUGUCCAUCGAUACAACUCCGUCUGUCAAGAAAGUACCUAUAACCAUCAUUACAGAAUUUGGCAAGACUGCUGAUAUCGAAAAGAGCUUGACCGUGUCACAAGAAGGUCAACAGGCCGAAGAAUGGAUCCCACUACAGAAUGGGUGCAUAUGUUGCAGUGUCAAAGAUUCUGGUGUUGCAGCGUUGGAAUCUCUGGUCGAACGACAAAAGAAUUUUGACUAUAUCUUGCUCGAAACUACUGGUGUGGCAGAUCCUGGCAAUAUUGCACCUAUGUUCUGGAUGGAUGAAGGUCUGAACAGCAGUAUUUAUCUCGACGGCAUCGUAACCGUGGUUGACGCCAAGAACAUCCUGAGAAGUCUCGACGAUCCUACCAAGGAAGAAGUACCUGAGGGCGAGAGUGAACAACAUUCACAUGACCCGUCGUCACCCCUUAUGUCAACAGCUCACCUUCAAAUCUCACAUGCUGAUGUGAUUAUUCUGAACAAGACCGAUCUUGUUACCUCUAAUGAACUGAAAACUGUAAGAGCAAGGAUAUCAUCAAUCAAUAGCAUAGCCAGAAUCAUCGUCACCAAUCAUUCGCAAGUUAGUGAUCUGUCAGGUACAGUCUUGGACUUGUUCGCAUACACUUCAUUUGAUCCCAGCAACCAUGGACCAGCCUUUGCGAACAAGGGUCACUCACAUCUUGACCCUACUCUAUCCACAAUCGAGAUCAGUUUUCCUGUGUUCGAUAUGGAAGGGUUCCAGGAGCUUGAGCGCUGCCUCGAGAAUCUACUCUGGCCGUCUGGCAGCGAGAAACCGUACGAGGUACACAGGACCAAAGGUCUUUUACGAUUGAAAGAUGGGUCGUGCAAGAUGCUUCAGGGUGUUCGUGAAAUAUUCGAUAUCACAGAUGCUCGGUCCGAGCCUAGUGUUGGCGAGGAGCAGAGUCGAGUUGUGCUCAUAGGCCGGAACCUGGAUCGAGUUCCGCCGAAGCUAGGUUGGACUAGCCGUUGA